UUCAGUAAUUAUGAAAAUGCAAAUGAAAUCACUUAUUCAAAAUACUAUAUUAUUAAAACUGUAAUUAGAAUUCUUUUUAUAACAUUUAAAAAUAUUUUUGCACUAAGCCAGAAAAAUAAAACGUUUUGGCUCAAUUUUCUGGUCUUGUAUUAGACACAACUUUCAAUUAUUUAUAUGCUCUGCUAAUAUAAUUUUUAAAAAUUUAAAUAGCGAAAUUUUGGGAAACUUUAUUGUGUCCAAACUUGAUAUAACAAACUUCUAAGUAAACAAGAAGAAUUUGAUUUACCUAUUUGGCAUUUUGGUAAAUUUCUAUAUAAGUAUGUGCAAUUUUUAUCAUAAUUCAGCUGAAAUUAAUUUCUUUUACAUGAUGCUUAUUCAAAACUACACUUAUUACAAGAUAUUCACAUGACUGAACAUGAAUAAAAGUAUUCUAAAAUAUGAAGUUAAUUUUAAAUAGUGUUUUUUAUUGCUCUUCAUAGAUUGGAAAGAAUAGGCAAGGAUGGAUUUUUUUAAAUAUAGAAACAAAACAAAAAAAAUUCAUUUCGGAAAACUUAGUGAAUUAUGCAUAAUUAGAGAAAUUGUUUGAAAUAGAAUCUAAAAAUAAAUACACGAAUAAAACAUUUUUUUCAGUUAAAACAGAAAUAUAAAUAAUUGGUUUUGCUUAGAACACGUGGCCACGAAUCCAAGAACACGUGGAUUAAACGAAUUUACACACGCACAGUUUUAUGGCUAACAACACUAAUUUAUUAGACAACACAAUUUUAAUGCUUGUAUCAUAAAUGAAUGUAUCAUUGUUAAUUUCAUAGUAUGCUGAUUAUUUUUAUGACAAUGAUUCCUUUGAUGAUAUGCAUUGUUAGAGUUGUUACUUGGUUAUAGAAAAACAAUUCUCUAUACCUUUGUUAUUCAAUAUACCCCAAAUUUAAACAAAUUCAGUCUUAUUUUUAAGUCGCUUUUUACAUUUAAGUUUUUAAUAUUAAAUGAAGAUUUUAGGACUGGCACAUGUUGGGUAAUUAAAACUUCCAAUUAGAAACUUGGCAGCUGUUUAAAAUGACUUUAAGAUAAGUUGUGUGGAAAUUUUCAAUACUUUUAUUUAAAUUAUUAGAAUGUAUAUGUUAGAAAACAUGCCACUGUUCUUUCCCCCUUCCUAUAACCCUAAUAGUUACAAGAAAAUUUUUCGAAAAUAUUUGGACUUCAAAAAAAUCAAUGGAAAAUCUUUGAACAUCAAUUUUUCUAGAAUUUUGUUUGAUAGGGAAGCAAAGAAUGUGAAUUCUUCGAAGGAUAUAAUUUGAAAUUUAUGUAAAGAAUUUAAUAAUAUACAAACAAGAAGUUUAACCUGCUGUAUAUUAAAAUAGCAAAUUGUGUUUUAAUUUCUUCAAAAUAUGAACACAUUUUGUUUGUAUUAAAUUUCAAGUUUAUAAUAAAACAUUUAAAAUCAUAGCGGAUUUACUGUCAAUUUGCAAAUUAUUUUUGUUUAAAUUCAAAAUAUUAGCUUUUUUUUUUUUAAUUUGAUAUAUUUCUAACGAAACGUUAAUGUAAUAAACAGCCUAACAUGGUAACCUGGCGGCUGUCUUUUGCAACCCUCUCUGAAUAUUCAUCAAUUAGUGGUGACUGGAAAUUCUUCUGUCAAAGCUUAUUGGUUGAUUCCUGAGCCAAUUUGGCGAGAGAAAAGCAAUGACUUACCACGCUUGGAAGACGCUUGGCACACUCUUACGCUGUUUUCACAUAGUGUUGGUUGUUUUAUUCUUGUGUUAGUAUUUUCUCACCCGCUUGUUUUGAAAUCGCUUUCGUCUGGAUUGCAAUAAAAAUGAAGCAGGCACUUGAAUCAGUCGGACAACGGAGGAUUUUCAACAAAGCCCUCCAAUCUGCACUUCGCUCUUCGUCUUUGUCCCAAAAUGAUCCUGUAGCAUGCAAGGGAAAAUGUAAGAUAACUGAGAAUAAAACUGCAUCUGCUUAUAGACCUAAUACACACAAGCCGAAAUCCACUGAAGUUAUGGCUGCAAGUUGUGAAAAUCCUCUCCUGAUAGAUAUGAAUGAGAGUAGUUCGUCACGCAGUCCUGAUAGUGAAGCCAUCCCAUUUUUAACAAAAAGUGCAUUUGAUCGGGAAAGUUUGAACACAGUUCAAAAUCAAGCUGCAUCAUUAUCUCAUCUACCUAGUAUGCAUAUUCCCAAUCCUGCAGACGCAAUGGCUACAAAUUUUCAAAAUCCUUGCCUAAUGAAGAACAACAAUGAGUAUAAUUUACCAACCAAUCAUGUUACUGAAACCUCUUUAUCUGAUCUGCAUUUCUGGGUAAGGAAUACUCACAUGGCUUCAAUUCAAGAAACUUUAAAUAUGGUUCCUAGUGAUGACACUGAUGCUUGGAUUAUAAAGAACCGUCUAAUGGCAUUGCAGCAACUAAAGUCUGAUUUUCCUGAUCAAUAUUCCUCCAGUCUUAGCCUUUCUCCUCCAAGCAUGACCGAUUCAUCUGGGGAAAUAUCUCCAGUGUCAAUGUAUAAUCCAUCAGAUCUUGGAGCUUUCAAUAUUUCACCAUUGUCAUCUAGAAAUUCACUUUCAUCUGCAAAUAGUUCUUUGAAAGAUGCUCCUCUUACUAAUGAAAAAUGUAAAUUCGAAAAACAUGAUAGGUCUAUCAUGCAUCAACAAGAUGGAAUAAAAUUAGAAUUAAUGCUUGGAAGAAAUUUUUCAAAGAAUGAAAAAUCUUCUGGGGAGAAUUCUUUAUUCCGUGGCAAAUUACAAUCUGGAUUCAAAACUGAUCAAAGUACUGGAGUUAUUGAUAAAAAUACAAAGCAAUAUUUGUAUGAGAAGUCAUAUCAAGAAAAAGAAACAGGGCCAAAAAAUUCAAAAUCUGGAAGUAGUAAUGUAGACUGUUGUGAGACAUUUCAUAAUAAUCAUAUGGACAAGAAUAAAAAUAAUGUAGCUAAGUUGGCAAGCUAUGAUGUUGCUUCUUUGAUGGUUCUGAAAUCCACAACAGGCUUCUUUGAUUCUCAUUGUCAUAUUGAUUUAUUGUUGGCUCGUGAGAAGUUUCAAGGUACAUAUGCUGAUUAUAUGGCUCAGCAUAAAGAUAGUUAUCCGCAAAGCUAUAAGGGUUGUAUAGCAGUCUUCUGCAAGCCAUUGACAUUUGCUAAGAAACAAAUGUGGCAAAAACAUCUUGAGCAAGAUAAUGUUUGGGGAGCUUUUGGUUGUCACCCAAAAUCAGCAAAAUUUUAUGAUGGCAAAACAGAAGAAGAUUUGUUAAAUGCUCUGAACCAUCCAAAAGUUAAAGCCUUAGGCGAAAUUGGAUUGGAUUAUUCAAAGGGAAAUCAGUGUUCAAAGUUAGAACAACAUCAUGCAUUUAGAAGGCAAUUAAGAAUUGCCCAAGAAAGGAAACUGCGGCUGGUAAUCCAUUGUCGGGAUGCUGAUGCUGAUACUAUUAAAAUUAUGCAUGAAAUACUACCUAGAGACACGAUUUUCCACUUGCAUUGCUUCACUGGUAGCUGGAAAAGGGCUCAAAAGUGGAUACAAGAAUUUCCUAAUGUUUUCAUUGGAAUCACAAACUUGGUGACAUUCCCUUCUGCUACUCCAACUCAUGAAGUAGUUCGGCAGUUGCCUUUAGAACGUCUGUUACUAGAAACAGAUGCACCUUAUUUUGUACCUUCAGUGGUUCCCAAAGGUACUAAUUCUUCCCAUCCUGGUAUGGCCAUACAUGUUGCAGCUCACAUUGCUGCACUUAGAAAGAUUUCUGUGGAUACAGUUCUACACUGGACAUCUACCAACACACGAAUUGUCUACAACAUAACAUAAAAGCUUCAUUCUACUGUGAUAAUCGAGUCUAAGGAUGCUUACAUCAUCUACUGUCAUGAGGUUACUCGUGAUAUUUUUCUCAGGAUGGAAUCCUCAAGAGCAAACUGGAUUGCUGUAAACCGUACAGAGAAGUGUUUUUUGCUUCAGUUGAUAUUUUCUACCACUUUCAAGCUACUGAGCAUUUAUUUUGUUAUGAAAUAAGAAAUUUGUGUGUGUAUAUUACACAAGAGAUUUAUUUUUUGUCAAUGAAUCUCCUAAAUUGACUAUUCAAGCAUUUGGCUUACAGUUAGCACUAUAGUGGGUGUAAUUUUUGGGAGUGCAAGUUGAACUACUGUGAAAUGUCAGAAUCUUCUGUUUAUACCUGAAAACAGGAUCUCUGAACAGUCCACUUCUGAGUGAAAUGACAAAAUCAUUUAUAAUUGUGAUUGCUGUGAAGUUUUUUGUUUAAUAUGCCUUUAUUAGUUCUGGAAAUUAGUUGGCACUAAAUUGUUUACAUUUUAUACAUGAUUUUUUAUUUUCUACCAUCAAGUGUUCCUGUGGUGUCACUUUUUAUUUUUUUAAGUAGUACACAACUUGCGUGUACAAAUUUGUUAUAAAUAAAAUGUUCUUUAAUUUGAAAUUCAAAUUAAACAAAAAUUUAUAAUAUGCUAUUAAAUUUGCAACCCAAAUUAUUCUGGCAAGAUAUUUUUAACAUUUAGUUUAAUAAUAAAAAAAUUGUGAUUCUUUUAUUUAACACUAAAUUUAUUGUUAAAUUUACAAUUGAUUUCAGUAAGAAAGCACUAAUAAUCUAAAGUAUGUAAAUAGUUUGAUGAAUUUUAAAUGAAAUACAAUGUUUAAAAAUGAUUCUCUACUUUCCUCAUAUUGUUCCUUCCUGUAAUGUCAUUGAUAUACUCUACGGGAAAUAGGAAGUCCACUGCUGUGGUUUGUUUUAUUACAUUAUCCAAAUCUGCAUACAGUUUUAUGUAAGGCUAUUCUUUGAUUUUUGAAUUCUAUUUUAUAAGUUAGUUCUUAUUAGAUUGUGACCAAUUUUAUCACUGAAAUAAAAAGUAAUCCCCUUUUUAUUAAUUUGCUUUUUGAAUAUUUUAUAAAAUAAAAAUAUUAAACAUAUUUUAUGAAAUAAAAACAUUAUUCUUAACGUGAUUGAAUAUUAACAUUAAUUUUGUCGACUUUACUUUUUAAC